AUGGCCCUCAGCACCACCCAGCAAGUGGAGUUCGUGCCCCCAGUACCAGGCAAGAGGACCAAGCCACAUGUGUGGGCACCAGCAGUGAUGGCCCUCCAGCAGCCCCUGAGCCAGAUGCAGCACAGAGCAUCCCCCUUUGCCCAACCCAGCACCACCACGCGGAACUGCUUCGGAGGCCCACGGGGGCAGUGGCCAACUCGCUAUGGGGAGCUGCCGGCACUGGCAGGUGCUCAUGACAUGACUACCCAUCGGUCCACCUACUGCUCGGUGCCCUUGGAGAGGAGGGAGGCACGGGACCCCGCAAAGGGGGCAGAGGCUGCAGGGCAGCCGGCCCAGGUGGAGUACAUGACCUGGUACCAGAGUGACUUCCCAGCACGCGUCUCCCUGCCUGCCCGGGUCCUGCCUGCCCAGCCCCCUCUGGACAACCUGGCUGUCAACCAGAGCCUCAGCACCAGCUUCCAGACAGUGCAAAGGGAAAGCUACUGUGGCUGGGAGCCUGGCAGGUACCCUCGCGCUGGCCUCGUCAGGCUGAAGGAUGAGCUGGGGAGAGAGCAGGGCAGAGAAUUCAGUGGAGACACGGUGACCAAGCUGUCCUACCCACCUCUGCCGCUGGACAGGCCCUCUGGGACCAUCCAGCGACCCGCCACGGUGCUGAAGUCCCUCGCCGCCAAGUUCAGCGAUUCCACAGCCCACAAGUUCUUCUUCAGAGACUGGGGAGCACAGCCCCGAAUCAGGCACGGUGACCCCCACGAUGGCAUCUUCGUCCGGCCGCUGGCCAAGUUCGAAUGCCAGACGACCACGCACAGCACCUACCUGCCCAAGAGGGCAGAGAAAGCAAAGAGCUGCAAACCCGAGCAGCAGGCCAUGGAGGCACAGGGAGACCAGGACUUCUCCACCACCCACAGGGACUCGUACAGGCUGCUGCCGCUCCCAGUUUGUCGUCUGCAAACGUACCUGAUUCAGCAACAGCACAAGGCAAGAGAAGAGGUUAAUUCUCUUGCACCUGUUGAAGCCUAGAGGCGGGACAGCAGGCGGAAAGCAGGGCAGGACGGCACCUGAGACUGUCUGGCUCAGGGAGGCAUAAGCUGUUGCAGGCAGAAGCCUCCUUCAUCAGAUGCAAGGAACAAGACUAGAAUCAGGUGAAGGAGGCUGCUGCCUAUGAAAGCUCAUGCCUUGUGAGCCACUUGGUCCCCAAGCUGCUGCCCUGCCUUCUCCCAGCUGAAGCCUGAGAUGGCUUGCGGACCUCCUGGCAAGGUAGCUCUAUCCAUGGGGGAAUGAGUUGGCAGGAGAGGAUGUUUCUUUUGGUGUAUCUGAACAAUAUUAAAAUUGCCUCAUCUAAAAUGUGAGACAGACACUGCUACAAGUGGCAGUUGCUUUGCAUGCACCCUAAAAAGCAUCUUAAAAAGAAAAUACAUGGAAGUAAAAACACAGUAGUUUUAUGGUACAAAUUCCACAUAAUGAACUUGGGUGUACAAACAAUUGUGCCUUUGCUAGUGCCUAACAUUUUAACCUUUAAAAUAAGUUGCAGAAAAAUAAGCUAAUGCAGUGUACAGGUAUCAGACAACUCAUGCUUCGCAGUCGUGUUGGAAUGGUCCUCAGAAAACUACGGUGCUCUCCAACCAAGGGGCAGCAGUUUUCUACAAGGCUGCAGUAAGAGGAAUGCAGCAGCGCAGCACAAUGGAAUGGAAAAAGUGGGUGACAAACAUGAGGGUAUUCACCUAGAUCUUCAGAGGGCAGCAGCCAGCAGCUUGCAUCCAUUCAAAACUCUGGAAGUGUUUCCAACUCUUACAUUAUGGGCGGUAGUGUCAAUGGGUAUCACACCUUUCCCCAGGCCAGUACGCACUACAGGUAUGCAUCUGAGCCAGAGCAUCUGCGGUAUAACCAGGCCCUUCCUUCUGCUGCUUCUCCCUCCUGUCCCCAGAACAACCGUGCCUAGUGCAAGGCCUCUGGAGGGUGCAAUCACCUUGGACUCCAGAAGUGAGUGAAGGCAGUAGAGAACACAAGAGGAAGACUGCAUUCAGCAUGCAUGAGUGCAAUGCUGGAAACGCUUCUGUUAGUUUUAGCAACUGUUAUGGCCUUGGCGUGAGAGACUCCAUCUCCCAAUCACUUUCCUUGAUCCACAGGCUACAACGGGGCCCCAUGACUGCACUCUUACCUGCCCUUCCACAUGCUGCUCCAGCUCAGAGUCACCAAGCUUAAUUACUCAGGCAAAAACACCGUUCCCCCAGGAGCUCAGCACCCUCCUGGCCUCAGCCACUGGCCACCUAAAUGCUCAGCAGCUUAUGCACAGCAAGGUGGGGUGCGCAUCUGCCUCUCAGCACACGACAAGGCUGAAAUGCUGUUCCCCGGUGGCUGCAGGAGACUGUCACAGCAGCUGGGGUCCAGCAAGUGCCUGCCUGCAGCCCAGGCGAGUUCCAGCAGACUUUGAAAGGUGUUAGUGAAGCACAAUUUGUUCAGCUGCACUAAUUGCAGACUCUGUGAUGGCAGAUGCUAGAAAAAAAAACAAAAAAUCAGGUCCAAGCCUUCCUCCAGCUGCCUGCAGCUUGGCUAUUUUUCACCCAUUUUCUCUUGUGGAUUUAAAAAAAAAA